GCGAGCGCGGGGCCAGGCCGGGCGGGUGCGCUCAGUCUGGCGGCGGCGGUGCACGGACAGACAGACGUGUCGGGAGCGCAGCACCGCCCGCAGCCCAGCAAUCCGGGCCGCGCCCGCCAGCCCGCCCGCCCGCCAUGGUGUCGUGGAUCAUCUCCAGGCUGGUGGUGCUCAUAUUUGGCACCCUUUAUCCUGCAUAUUAUUCAUACAAGGCUGUGAAGUCCAAGGACAUUAAAGAAUAUGUCAAAUGGAUGAUGUACUGGAUCAUAUUUGCCCUCUUCACCACAGCAGAGACGUUCACAGACAUCUUCCUUUGCUGGUUUCCAUUCUAUUAUGAACUAAAAAUAGCGUUUGUAGCCUGGCUGCUGUCUCCCUAUACAAAAGGAUCCAGCCUCCUGUACAGGAAGUUUGUUCAUCCCACACUGUCCUCAAAAGAAAAGGAAAUCGAUGACUGCCUGGUCCAAGCAAAAGAUCGAAGUUAUGACGCCCUCGUGCACUUUGGGAAGCGAGGCUUGAAUGUGGCGGCCACGGCAGCUGUGAUGGCUGCCUCCAAGGGACAGGGUGCCUUGUCAGAAAGACUACGGAGCUUCAGCAUGCAGGACCUCACCACCAUCAGGGGCGAUGGUGCUCCUGCUCCCUCAGGCCCCCCUCCACCAGGGUCUGGGAGGUCCAGCGGCAAACACGGCCAGCCCAAGAUGUCCAGGAGUGCUUCUGAGAGUGCCGGCAGCUCAGUGUGUACCUGCUGCUCCACCUGCAGGACCCGGAAAGUGGUGGAGGGAGAUGUGAGUGAGGGUGGUGUGAAGUCUUGGGAGCCCCACCAGGUCCAAAACCCACUGGCGUUUUCUGACGAGGAGGAGGAGGACCUGUUGGAGUUCAUAUACAAAUAUAAGGCACCGAGGAGGACCGAGUUUCCCCUGGAGGCACCGCCUAGAACCCUUCGGUCCCGCUUCAGGAAGAAAAGUACCUCAUCCUCGGCCACUGAAACCACGUGAGAUGAGCCAACAGCACCGGAUCCACAGACGUCUCUCCUCUGCCUUAAAGAGCUAGUCACUAGUAACGCGGAAGUCCGCAGGCUGGGUGUGCUUUGAGUGUGCAGCCCCACAGACACAGCCUUUACUUGCUCCCCCUUCUUCUGCCUUUAAGAAUUUCUGUUCUCUUUCCUUUUUGUUCCUGCUGGGGAGAGGCUAAAGGGAAAGGUGGUGGAGGAGGGUGAACUCUGUCUUCUGGGGUUAGUGAUUUUCCACAGUUGGAUUGUCUUGUGGCCACAGUGUUUUUAGAUAUAUAAGCACUCUUUCCAUGAUGCUGCUGAGAUGUACAUUUGUAAGUUAUUUGUUGCAUAGUUUCUAGUCCUGUAAAUGCAAACGAAGUGAUCUUUUUUAAAACUCCUUUGGUUGUUCUUGGUACUAAUACAUUGGACUAUGGUGUACAUAUUUGCUGCUUUUGGCUUAAUGUUAUGAACUCGCAAGGGCUGCCAGAAGUUCUGGUAAGUGAGAGAGCUGCAAAAACAAAAAUGUAGGCUAAUCUUUCGAUUCUAGGCAUCGUCUCCAACCUGCUUACAAAGCCAGUGCCAGUAAGGCAUCACUUCUGCAGGAAGGUGGCCAUGUGCUUCCUUCCAGUGGCUGUGUGGUUGGUAGGGCAGAGCUGAGGCAGGAGUGCAGUGUUUCAGCAACAGGGAAGGUUGGUGGGCAUCAGGGAGAGGAAGGAACAGAACGGCUUCUUCAGAUCUGGAGGUCUGGGUGUCCUAACAGGUUUGUUGUGCUGUGUACCUAAUGUCACCCUUCCUGCCUUUUGGCUUCUGAGCCCUUCCAGGAGUACUGCUUCAGGCAGGCAGGCAGGCUCGCCCUUACUUAGCAUGGCCGUUUGCAGGAUGGAGUCUCAGCUGCUGGCAGAAUUGCAAGUAUCUCAGAAGCACUUGGCAAGAGUGUUUCUCCUUCAGGGACCAGUGCUGUGGCUGAUUUCUCCAGGAGCCUGCAUCUGAGCACCUUGUUUUAGAGUACACUAAGCAAGAGAAAAGCCUAGAACUAGGUUUUUGUUACAGAUGUGUACAGAUGUGCUCAAAAAACAUGAGACCCUCAAAUCUCAAAUGACCACCAAAAGGCAGGGUCUAGGGAGAACUGAGGCUAACCCACAGGCAGCUGUGGCUCUUGCUCCCUGCUGGCUUGUGUGGAAGAUGAACGGGAUGGACGGACACGCAUGUCACUCCAUGUCUUCAUGGAUUUAAUACAAGCCAGGACUACACUGAGAAUUUUGACAAGUCUCUGACUUAGAUAACAUUGUGUUCUGAGGGAGCUGCCCUCUUCUCUGAUAGCUGAGCCAAACUGUAGGGCUAGUCUAUGUGCAUAGAGUUGGUGUUUCCUUUCUGUGUAAUGCAUGCAAGAGGUCACAACCUCUUUGGAUUAUGUUUGUUCACCGCUAUGCCCUGAAGGCUAGAGAAAUUGUGUUGUGUACCACAUAGAACUGUCAACUGACUGCAAACAGGCUCAAUGACAAACCGCUCUGGUACUGAGCUAUGCAAACAUGCAUUGAGAGACUGCUACAUUAGCUGGGUCUUGGCCAUUUCACAAAGCGUUUCAGUUGGAGUUCAUUGCUGCCAGAUACACCUAGUGGAUUUUCCAAAGGUGAUUUUGUAUUUUAGAACCCACCCUCAGGAACUAACCCAAGAUCUGAUGACUGAGGGCAAAUAGUCUGCCUGUGCCCCAUACCCAUCUGAACCCAUUAGGAAAAGCAUCUGUCCUCUUCAAGCUCACCCAACAGCUCCUCACAAGAGAAAUGAUACCCUCUAAAAUGUACAACCGUGUCAGUUAGGUGUAUCCAGGAUGAAUCCAGAGACACAGGUGCAGAAAAGACAGAGAAGAAGCUUUGAACCUCCUCCCCGCCCCCCAGAAUACUAACUGGCUCUAGGGCCAGAGUUUAAGUCCUAGUACAUUUUCACCGUUUUACAACAGGAAGUCAUAACCAUCUAGGCUCCAAGGUUGUACUCAGCCAUGCCAAAACCCAGUCGGAAGCACUCCUCUCAGAUACGCUGUAUUACUUCUUACUCAAGAUUUAAAAUAUAAAGGUAUCUAAAUUGUCGUCUCAUUGUAACUAUUUUUCCUUCAAGUGGUGACUAAGAAGUUGACUAAGUUUCUUCUCUUAAUGACACUCACUGUACAGCCAAACACAGCUGUCUUAUUUCUUGAGAACUGUGUUUAUUUUUCCAACAAGCUGUGUGUUUGUAUGUAGACUGACAUAUGAUGUGAAUGCCCCUGUACAUGUAGAGGUGUGGUGCUCUGUCUACACAAGAUAAAUGAAUGUUUCUAGUUUGCUGACUUAAGACACGGGCUGUUUACAAAUUGCUAGCUUGAAGGUCUACUUGUCUCGGCUUUGAGUUACACUCCAUGGAGCACAAGCCCCAUUUCUGAAGAGGUGAGGUGCGGUUUCACGAUCAUCAACUGGAGAUUUAGUCAGAAUGCCUCCUGGCUUUGUGUGAAUAGCUUGCUCACUUUGCUGGCCUUUGAUAUAUGUAUUCUCUGUGGUAAACUGUCCGUGUGUUUGUAUUAAGAGUGCUUGUCAAUCACAACCAUCACAUAGCCAUCCCGGUUCUUCAUCUUGCACAGUAUUUGAAGUAUUACAAGUGGUGGAAGAUGUGCUUCAUCCUCUGACAGUGCACACUGGGAGAGCUGAUGUUGCGGAUCGUGACUGCGCAUUUCCUCCAGUUUAUUUCUGAGGUCUCUUUAGGAUGGAAAUAACUAAUAGUACACUGGACUGUGUGUCUAAGGGAUGUAAAGUGCAGUGUUCCGGAGGCUGAAGCUCUGCUGGUUUGUUAUAAUGCCUGAUAAACAUCUUGAAUAAAGUCUUAACAUUUUUCUUU